CGCCAAUUCUUUGUUGUUUUUGUUUGUCCAGACCUGGGUCAAUGAUUAACUGUAUUGGGAGUAUCGAGUAGUAACUCACAUGCAUUAUCCAAGUCCCAAGUUCUCCUGUAUUCUUUUUUUUUGGAAGGGACCAAGUCCUGCUAUUUAACAAAGCCAGAACAAUCAAAACAAUAAAACAAAAACCAGCUGCACAUGAAGAUGAUGGACAUGGCGUGGGUGUGGACAGCGCUUGCUCUGUUUGCAGCAGUAGCGUCUUCUGCUCUUCUUCUUCUUCUCCUUCACGGCAUUACCAAGAAGAAGAAGAAGAAGAAGAAUGCCCCGCCGCCAGGUCCAAGAGAGCUUCCCAUUCUCGGCCACCUUCACCUGCUCGGAAAAAACCCCCACCGGGAUUUGAGCAAGCUCGCCAAGGUGCAUGGCCCCAUCAUGCGUCUCCGGUUCGGGUUCUUGGACCACAUAGUCAUUUCCUCCCCUCGCGCCGCACGCCUCUUCCUCGAGACACAUGAUCUGGUUUUCGCCAGCAGACCCCCUCACGAAGCGGCCAGGAUCAUCUCCUAUGGCCAGAAGAAUCUGAGCUUCGCCCGGUACGGGCCCUACUGGCGAAACGUCCGAAAGCUGGUCACGCUAGAGCUCCUCAGCCAUCAGAAGAUCAGCUCGUCCCGGGCUCGUGCUACCAAAAGGAACGAGCUGUGUCUACUGGUCGAGUCGCUCAAGGCUAAGGCCGCGACUGUCGAUCUGACAGCCGCGGUCUUUGCCCUGGUGGCCAACGUGAGUUGCCGGAUGGUGUGUGGGAGGAAGUACGAGAUGAGAGAGUUUGAGGGUGCGGUUAGGGAAGGUUUGCAGCUAUAUGGGAUGCCAAAUCUUGGUGAUUAUUUCCCACGGCUUGGUUGGCUUGACCUUCAAGGAUUCAGGAGAAGGAUGAAGGGCGUUGUUAAGGUGUUUGAUCAGUUCUUGGAAAAGGUCCUGGUUGACCAUGAGCGGCGGGAUCACCAGCAGUGCGGCGGGGAGGAUUUCGUUGAUACUAUGUUGUCCCUCUUGAACUCCGGCGAAGCAGAUGAUGAUGAGCUUAGGCUCAACCGUGAACAUGUCAAAACUAUUUUGCUUGAUAUGCUUGUAGCAUCAAUGGACACUUCAGCAAAUGUGAUAAACUGGACAAUGUCAGAACUCCUAAGACACCCACAAGUUAUGAAGAAAGUCCAACACGAACUAGUCACAGAAGUGGGUUUGGAGAGGAUGGUGGAGGAAUCCGACAUGAAGAAUUUAAACUACUUGGAAAUGGUGAUCAAAGAAUCCCUCAGAUUUCAUCCCCCGGGGCCCUUACUCGUCCCUCACGAGGCAAUGGAAGAUUGCGUGGUUGACGGCUUUCACAUAUCGAAAGGCGCACGGAUCCUGGUGAACGCAUGGGCGAUUGGGCACGACCCGAAUGUGUGGACCGACCCCGAGGAGUUCAUGCCAGAAAGGUUUGAAGGCCUCGAUAUAGACUAUAGGGGACGAAACUUCGAACUGAUUCCUUUUGGGUCUGGUAGAAGAAGUUGUCCUGGUUUGGAACUUGGGAUCACUACGGUCAAGUUUGUGGCUGCCCAGCUACUGCACUCCUUUGAUUGGGCACUCCCAGAUAACAUGUCGCCAAAAGAAUUGGAUAUGACUGAAGAAUUCGGUCUUGCACUUAGCCGUGCCAAACACUUGAUGGUUGUUCCUCACUACAAGCUGCGUAUUUAAGUUACAUUAGUUUUUAGUAUGGUGCAUUUGGUUUCUUGUAAUUUUUCACAUUAGAUUUCAUGUCAACUCCAAUCUAAGUACUCAUAUUUUUGUGUCCGGCCGGUCUUGGAAUCUAUCUGUUCGAACAUUAAAAAAAAAAAAACAAUCCAUGGGCUACAACUACAAACAUGAGUUUUUGGUUGGCUUGGUUCUUUUGACAUUGUAUCGGAGUCUUGAUCGGAUGACUAAAAAGUCACGAGUUCAAAAUUCAUUCAGCGUCACUCAAUAAAAAAAAUAACGUUUGACAUGUAAGACUAAGAAAGACUAUGUUUGCAA